AUGAAUGUGUCUGGAACGGGGAAUGAGGUCACAGUCCUGCCAGAAGGCAACAGCGGCUCCUACUGGUUUCUGGGAGUUUGCCUGGCUGUCCUCGGCACGCUGGCGGGCACCAUCGGCAAGCAGAUGGUUCGCUGCUCAAAGUUGGCGAAGGAGAGGCGAAAGCAGAAGGAGGGCAACUUCCUCCUGGUGGCCGGUCUGGCACUGCAGGUGGCUUUGAACCCGGCCUGCGACGUCGCGGGCUACGCGCUGGCGCCAGCCUCGGUCAUCGCCCCCGUGACGGGGAUGGAUAUUGUUUGGAACACGGUGAUCGCGCCCUGCUCUUUGGGGGAGACCCUGACACCCCGGCGGUUGAUCAGCGCGGCGAUCAUCUUUUUCACAGCCACCACCUCCGUGUUCUUUCGGCAGAUCAACGAGGUGAACUGGAGCGCUGAGUAUGUGCAGCAUGUCCUGCUGCAGUCACGGACCAUGGUCUAUGGCCUUUGUUUCACUGGCUGGUUCCUGUUCAACACCUUGGUCCUGAUGAAGUAUCCAAACGGUUCUGCAGUGCGCGGCUUCUCACUCGGAGCUACUGCAGGCACUCUGGCAGGAAACAUGUGGUGCACAAAGAUUGUGGCAGUCCUUCUGGAGCAGUGCUUCGGCGGAAAUUGUCUGGCGUGGACAAAGCCUGUUUCCUGGUUUGCCGCCACGGCUGCGAUUCUUUUCAGUACCACCAACUUGUACUUCAUCUCUUUAGGGCUGCAGCACUAUGAGGCGCUCUUCAUGGUCACAGUCUUCAUGGGGUCGAAUAUCGUCACCAACAGCCUCAGUGCUAUCGUCGUCCUGGCAGAGAUGGAUGAGGCUCCCUGGUGGAAGCUGGGGGGCUACGUCCUGUGCAUCUUGGGGAUGAUGGCGGGGAUGGUGCUGCUGACCGAAGGCGAGAAAGAGUCGCCUCGCUCGCGGUUCACACCUGCAAGCCUGGAGGAGGUCGAGCUCUCGAGCUACGAUGUGAGGAGCGCGUCACGGGUGGCCAUGGGUUACAUUGCUAUAAGACUUCGCACGAGACUUUGCUCCGAUGGGCAUGAUUUGAUCACUCAGAUAGGAUUAUCAGCCGGUGAAGCUUCUCAGUCGGAGAUCGACUCUCCGCAGCAUUCCGUCGAGUCGGUGGAUUGCCGCUUUGCCAGUUUUGUGGUUCUGCCGUUGGUUAUGCGCGGUGCUCGGCGGUACUCUGGGCAUGUGCUGAUUCUCUUGCAGGUCCUCUUCGUUCUCUACGGCGCUUAUGCAGCAUACGAGAUUCGGCUUUACCCCAUCAAGGACUAUGGCUAUAUCAUCCAUGAGUUCGAUCCUUGGUUCAACUACCGGGCUGCGGAAUACCUGGCAGAACAUGGCUUGCAGAAGUUCUUCCAGUGGUACGACUACGAGUCAUGGUACCCGCUUGGUCGGCCAAUUGGUACAACGAUCUACCCCGGCAUGCAGAUGACUGCAGUGUGGAUCUGGGAGGCCAUGAAGAAGGUGGGCGACUUUAAGGUGGAGACUCCCUCUCUGGUCUUGGCGCUGAGGCCAGUGAUCUCCUCCCUGAAGAAGAGUGGCUGGAAGUUUCUGCCAGCCUUGAAGCAGUCGUACGAGUUCAGUCCCAUGAGUGUCAACGACAUCUGCUGCAUGAUCCCGCCUUGGUUCGGCUCCUACGCGUCCAUUUUCUCGGGCCUGUUGGCCUACGAGAUCUCGCGGAGCGUCAACGCUGGGGUCUGCACAACCCUGAUCAUGGCCAUCAUUCCCGCGCACCUGAUGAGGUCUGUGGGUGGCGAGUUCGAUAAUGAAGCCGUGGCAGUGACGGCGAUUUGCUCCACCUUUUGGCUGUGGAUUCUGAGCGUUCGAACACCGAAGCACUGGCCCAUCGGGCUUUUUGCCGGCUUGUCAUACAUCUACAUGGUAGCCGCUUGGGGCGGCUACAUCUUCGUGAUCAACAUGGUCGGCAUCCACGCUGCGAUGCUGGUCGCGCUCGGCCGCUUCAACUCCGGCGUCCACAAAGCCUACAGCAUCUUCUAUGUGGUUGGCAUCCUUGGGGCAAUGCAGAUCCCCGUGGUUGGCAUGCAGCCGUUGCGGUCCGUCGAACAGCUUGGACCACUGAUGGUCUUCGUGGGCUUCCAGGUUUUGGCAUUCUGCGACUUCCAAAGGCGAAGGCACAAGAUGCAGGCCAUGGAGUUCGCCAUAUUCCGUGCAAAGGUUGUUGCUUUGCUGAUCGUUUCCACCAUCGUCGUUUGUGCAGCCUUGUACCCGACUGGGUACUUUGGUCCGAUCUCCUCCAGAAUACGAGGGCUGUUUGUGAAGCACACGAAGACCGGCAACCCGCUAGUGGACUCUGUCGCCGAGCACCAGCCCGCCAACCCCUCCAUGUACGCCAGCUACCUGAACCUGCCACUGGACUACGCAAUGCUUGGUGGUUUUGUUUGCCUUUGGCGCCGCAACAACGGCUUCCUGUUCCUGUGCCUCUACGGUUUCGUUGCGCAGCACUUCUCCGGCAAGAUGUCCCGGCUGGUUCUCAUCUGCGGGCCCAUCGUCUCCGUUGCUUGCGGGAUCUGGUGUGGCUUCAUCUUAGACCAGUUGAUCGAGCCCUUCCUCAUCCUUCUGGGCAAAAAAGGAUAUACUCCGCCUGCCCCUGUCGAGGCCAGCGACACAAACAGCAAAAAGCCGCCUGAGAGCGGUAAGAGCGAGGCCAAAGGAAAGGCUGCUGCAAAGGACGGCGGCAAGGCGAAGAAAGCCCCCCCCAAGAAGGCCAGCUCGGCACCGGUGGAGAUCGACUGGAGCCUCGAGGAGUGGGAGGAGGACAAGCGGCCCGGCGGGGCCAAUCAGUUGCUGCGCAUCUUCUCGGGUCUCGUUUGGAAAGGUGAACUUGAGAAGAACUGGGAAACCUGGACAGAGGUCCGGACCUACAUGGACGGCAACGUGGGAGUCUUGGCUGGGCGUGCGGUCAUCUCCGUGGUGGUGAUCCUGUACGCUGUGUACUUGAGCUCUCUGUCCGUGAAAAUCCCGACCUUCGUCCGGCACUGUGACCAGGUUGCCAGGUCAUUGUCCAACCCUCAGGUGGUGUUCAUGUCGCGUGACAGGCAGGGGAACACGUUUAUCGUGGACGACUACCUGAAAGGCUACCAAUGGAUUGACCAGAACACGCCCAAAGAUUCGCGUGUAAUGGCAUGGUGGGACUAUGGCUACCAGAUCACUGGCAUUGCAAAGAGGACGUCGAUUGCAGAUGGCAACACGUGGAACCACGAGCACAUUGCCACACUUGGACGAACUCUGACCAGCAGCGAGAAGAAGGCCCACAAUGCCAUUCGCCAUUUGGCUGACUACGUCCUGGUCUGGGCCGGUGGCGGCGGGGACGACCUCGCGAAGUCACCGCACCUGGCGAGGAUCGGGAAUUCCGUCUUUCCAGACCACUGUGGAGACGACGACCCGAAAUGCAACAAGUUCAGCUUCUACGCCGACCACUCCCCGACUCCGAUGAUGGCAAGAUCUCUGCUUUACAAGCUUUGCCAGCACAAUGUGAGUCCUGGCGUCAAGGUGAACGAGAGGCUGUUCAAGGAGGUCCACACGACCAAGCACGGCCUGAUGCGAGUCUACCAAGUCAUGAACGUCUCCCAAGAGAGCAAAGACUGGGUCGCCGACCCAAAGAACCGAAUCUGCGACGCCCCAGGAAGCUGGUACUGCGUUGGUCAGUAUCCUCCUUCCUUGGAGAAGCUGAUCGCGAAGCGCAGGAAUUUCGCACAGAUUGAAGACUUCAACCGGGCUGGAGGGAAGAGCGCUUACACCAAGCUCAUUGAAAAGGUAGACACUGAUCCAGCACAGCUUGUCAGACGAUCUGAGAACUGCAUAGCAUUGCUCGUUGCUGCGGUCGUGCGAGAGCAUGACCUCACUGGUGCAGUUACCGUCAAGGUGCGUGGGAUGCGCGAGGUCCAGGAUGCGCCGCACUUUGUGUCCUACUCCUGGCUGGUGCGCGGGCGGUUAGGCUUGGAGCCCCUGCUGCGGGCGGAGAUGCAGCGCACCCGGCCCCCCUCCUUGAAGGCCGACUUGCAAGCAGACCUUCGCAACCGCACCGACGAGUCAGGUGGCUUCGGCCGCUUGGAAGUUCCUGAAAAUGUUGAGGCCGAGGGCGUUGUGGAAAUCACGGGGCCAUGGGAUGUCCUCUACUGGGCCUUGGGAUGCCGGCUUUGUCAAAGCAUUUGGCUCCGUGUCGGGGAGCCUUUCAACUGUGAGUCCAUUGAAGCUUUGGAAGAGGCUUUGUCCUUGGCACCUUGGGACCACUUCUUGGAUGCCUUACAGCUUCACCAACUCCGGGUCAUCGCCUGGGAGCGCGAGAGCCGCCUGGACGCCGAAGACCUCCGAGCACACCUCCAAGCCUACCUCCGCGGCCGCGCCGCCCGCGCCUUGCACCACUUGCACCUCCCUCCAGAUGCGGAAGCGGAAGCUGCGGAAGCCGCGGACGCCGCGGAAGCCACGCGGCCUGGGCUCCUGCGAGCCGUGCUGCACCGGAACCGCUGCUCGCUGGAGCUGCUUUGCGCCGCGCGCCUGGGCCUCCGUGACGUUCAGCGCGCAAUGCGGGUAAGGCUGCCAUGGAAAAAGCCCACUCACCCCGCUCACCCCAUUCACUUCGCAGCGUCAGCGCGGCCUCCCACCUGGACCCUGGCUUCCGCGAUGCCCCAAGCCACACAAGCCUCCAAAGCCCAACCCUUCGAGGAGUCUGAGCUCAAAGCAGAGACCAGGGAGGCGAAGCGUACGGUGGAUGGCACAUUCGUGGCUGCGCUCAUCGCGGGACUGCGGCUUUCAGAUGGGAUGGUCGUGUGGGACCCCUUCUGCCGUGAUGGCCAAGUCCUCCUGGAGCUCUUGUUGGCGACGUUGCCGGUGCCACCAGUGAAAUCUGCCGACAGGCUUCCGUGUUUCGGCGCAGGCCUCGCAGGCCUCGAAUUGACCUUUGUGGGGUCGGACCGCAGCAUAGAAGCGAUCCAGGAAGCCCGACGGCAGUUGCUCCACUUCUGUGAGUUUUACAAAGACUUCUUGUCUGGGCCUUCAGCGGUGACAACGAGACAGACCCACCAAAGGGAUGAAAUAAAUGAAAGCGAUGAGUCCAAGCCAAGAGUGCCCGAACUGCUGCAGGGUCCGACCAUUCUCGAGGAUCUGGAGGGGAAGACGGGGAAGACGGGGAAGCUCGGACAGGGACCCGAGACGGCAUCAAAGGGGUCGAAACGGCCAAAGGGGCCCAAAAAGCAAAAGUUCGAAAAAGCGGCCAAGCCCCCUGUCAUGUCGGGCACGCUCGGCACGGGCACGCCAGCGGCGCCCGUGGCUACAGCAGUGCCUUCCGUGCCAGGCAAGGCAGAAGCUGCGGAAGCUGCGGAAGCUGCGGAAGUCGUCACCUAUUCUUCCUCAGAGCAUGGUCUCAGUCUUCCUUGCGAAGUGUCCCUUAACUUGGCUUCUUUUGAGGCGAUUGCUCCAUAUUUGCAUGGCGCGGUCAUCGUGACACGCAUGCCCUCCGAGGGCCGAGGACUCGGGCCAACAGCGCGGGUCGCUUUGCUCUACCGCCGCUUUGGUCACUUUCUGGCGGGUCGUCGUGAUCUCUUGGGUGCCUAUGUCCUCUGCGAUUCCCCGGUCUUCCGGCGUCAGACGGGCCUCACCUGGCAAGUCCUCGGUCGCUUCCGCGGUGCCAGCGGCCGCCGCUGGCAGCUCCUCCACUGGUCACCCGGCUUGCCACAACGACCCCGGCACCCCGCGGCCGCCGUGGACUCCGCCGACUCCGCCGACCUGGAGCCUAAACGCCGCAGGCAGCGCUGGGAACGGGCGCCGCGAGGCCGGAAGACGCGGAAGCCGCGCUUCCGCGGGCGUGAGCACACAACGUGGGGCAAGAAGUCGGUGGACUUCCCUGUGAAGCUUCAAGUGUCUGGUGGUGUGCCCAUACACCUCUACACAGACGACAUCGACCAUCAAACCGAACAGCAGCUGCGAAACCUUUCCAGGACUGGCAUCGCUGUCGGCUACGUGGCCGCCAUGCCAGAUGUACAUCUUGGCAAGGGUGCGACCAUUGGCUCAGUCUUCGCAUCUCGCGACUACGUGUGCCCCAAUGCCGUAGGAGUUGACAUUGGCUGCGGUAUGUGCGCCGUACCCGUGUCAGGCCCACUGCGGCGACAGGACCUGUCCGAAAAGGAUCUGCUGGCCAUUCAGAGGGGGCUUAGGAGUUCGAUUCCCACUGGUUUCGAGUACCAUGGUCGGAGCACCACUGCCAUGGAGGCUACAGCCAAGAAGCUGAUGUCCAAGCAUUCGCCCACAAGAUGGCUCAGGGAGACUUUCGGCAGCCGACACACGAAGCAGCUGGGCACUUUGGGCGGGGGCAACCACUUUGUUGAGCUCGUGUACGAUGAGGAGGACCGUGUCUGGAUGAUGCUGCACAGCGGCUCCAGGAACAUUGGCAACGUCACAGCACAGCACUAUGACAAGCUGGCUGCAAAGCAGUGCAAUGGGCGUCCUGAAGCACUGGCUUACCUCAGGAUCGAGUCUGCCGAAGGUCGGCAGUACCUGACCGACAUGACUUUUUGCCAGGCCUAUGCCUGGGAAAACAGGCGUUUCAUGAUGGAAUCCUUCGCAGAGGUUGUGAAGAAGGAAACGAAGCGAGAUGCGAUUUGGGACCAGAUGGUCAACAUCCAUCACAACUAUUGCGAGUGCGAACAAUGCAGGUAUCUGGAUCCCACCACGCAGAGGUGGAGAGAGGAGCAACUUUGGAUCACUCGGAAGGGGGCGACAAGUGCUAAAGCUGGACAGUUGGGCAUCAUCCCAGGAAGCAUGGGCACUGGCUCCUACAUCGUGCGCGGCAAGGGCGAGACAGAUGCCUGGCAGUCGUGCUCGCAUGGGGCCGGCCGGUCCAUGUCCAGAGCAGCAGCGUUCAGGAACAUCGAUCCCCAGACCUUUGCAGGCCACAUGCGAGAGCGCGGCAUCGUUUGGGACGUGAAGUUUGCCGAUAAAGUUCGGGACGAGGCGCCCAUGGCCUACAAGGACCUGAACACCGUCAUGCAGAACCAGCAAGAUCUCGUUGAGGUUGUACACCACCUUCAGCCACUCAUCAACAUGAAGGGCUGGUAA